AUGGAGGUGCAACGCGUUCUCCUCCGCAUCUGGCCCCGGUCCCGGCGCAUCCUGUGCCGUUCGCCUGUAACGAAGGGGACCGGGAGCACCGGAACGCUGGAUCUGAGGCCAGGAGAUGCUGCAGAGCUGGGGAAGAGGAAGGGCUGCAAAAUUAAAGCCCUACGUGCCAAGACCAACACAUACAUCAAGACGCCGGUCAGGGGCGAGGAGCCUGUUUUCAUCGUGACUGGAAGGAAGGAGGACGUGGAGAUGGCAAAAAGGGAGAUCCUCUCGGCCGCCGAGCACUUCUCCAUGAUCCGAGCGACGCGCAACAAAGUGAACGGGCUGACGGGAGCCAUGCAGGGGCCCCCCAACCUGCCGGGACAGACCACCAUCCAGGUGAGGGUCCCCUACCGUGUGGUGGGGCUGGGGGGGGGGGCCGAGGGAGCCACCAUCAAGCGGAUCCAGCAGCAGACGCACACCUACAUUGUGACGCCCAGCCGGGACAAGGAGCCCGUCUUCGAGGUGACGGGCAUGCCCGAGAACGUGGACCGGGCUAGGGAGGAGAUCGAGGCGCACAUCACCAUGCGGACAGGCUCCUUCAUCGAUGUCAAUGCUGACAACGACUUCCACUCCAAUGGCACCGACGUCUGCCUCGACCUGCAGGGCAGCACAGCCAGCCUGUGGGCCAAGGUGCUGCACCCCGGCUGGGCUGCUUGA